AUGGCAGAGGAGCCGGAGGCCGCGCUCCCGCUGCCCGCGUCAGGUGCGGCGGACGGCGAAGGGCCUGCGGACGUCUCCCCGGGAACAGCCACGCCGGAGCCCCCUUCUUCCGCCGCGGUCUCCCCGGGAACAGAGGAACCUGCCGGCGACACCAAGAAAAAAAUUGAUAUCCUGCUAAAGGCUGUGGGAGACACCCCUAUAAUGAAAACAAAGAAGUGGGCUGUAGAGCGAACCCGAACCAUCCAAGGACUCAUUGACUUCAUCAAAAAGUUCCUUAAACUUGUGGCUUCAGAACAGUUGUUUAUUUAUGUGAAUCAGUCAUUUGCCCCUUCCCCUGACCAGGAAGUUGGAACCCUCUAUGAGUGUUUUGGCAGUGAUGGUAAACUGGUCCUGCAUUAUUGCAAAUCUCAGGCAUGGGGAUGA